UUGUAAGUUUUUUAAAAACGUUCUGAGAAUGGAAGUGAACAUUCCACCUUUUCUAGAUUGCAGGGAUGUUCUGAGAACUUUUUACUAUGGUUCCCAGAAUGUUUUUAUGCCAUGUUUUAUUAACCUAUAAUUUCCAUUCUCAGAAUGUUAUUUAGAGGUAAUUAAAUAAUGUUCUGAGAACAUAUUUCAAUAAGACUUAUCACUGCUAGCUUAGUUUGGGUUACCUGUUGUGAACUCCAAACACAGACAAGGACACAUGGAUAUUCAUUUGCUUAGGUAUUAAUCAUGCAAACACGCCUUUUUUAUUAUUGUGGCACCGCAUCAAUGCGAUUCUAACCUAUGAUCUUCUGCUCUCUAUUCCUGGAAUUAGUCCACUGCUCUGUUCAUUUUAGUCUAUUCAAACUGACUCCACUUCAAAGUAAAUAUUCACUCAUUAAGAUCAGGUGUGUCCAAUUAGUGGGUGCAGCAAACCCACCUGAACACACUUAACAAGAUAGGAUAGGGUUUUGUUGAUGGGAGAUUUGGGAAGUGUGUUGAAUGAAGUCCAGCGGUCAGAGAGAUGAAAGAAGCGGAGAGCUGAUGGUUUUCCGAGAAGAGUUGAAUCUGGGGGUUGUUUUUUUUUUCAGUGUGUGGUCACUGCUCAUGUUCCCAAAAUGUUGCCCCCCCCCGGAGGUUAUGAGAUGGCGUUACGUCUGAAUGCCACUAGGACGCAAGUCAAGUCGGGAGAAGAGGACUAUUGGGACAGGGACGCAAAGGGCCGGCUGGAGAGCUCAAAGAAAAGACGGAAGAACACAAAGUCUCACUACUCAAAGAUAAAGGAAAAAGAAAACCGAAAGGAAUGGAGAAGGAAACUGAAAAAAAGAGGCAUCGAUUCACCCCUGGAGAUGAAGAUCUCAUUAUUUCCGGGGUACUUGGGCACUGGGAGGACCUCUUUGGUGCCCAGGCCCACAUUCGCCCGCGGGGGUCAAAGACGGCAACCUGGAACACCAUCGCUGGGACCUUGACCUCGGCUGUGGCGAGAUGUGGUGACGAUGUCCGGAAAGAAGUUCAAUCUCAUAAGGAGCCAAGUCAAGCAAAAGGUUUUUUCUAUCCGGACAUUGUCCACCCAGACUGGUGGGGGGGCCAACACCGUGCCUGCGCUGACCGACCUGGAGCAGCAACUUUUCUCCCGAAUGGCAGAGACCGAAGCUGGUGUAGGGCCUGUUGAUUUGGGAUUUGGUCUCUCUCUGGGAGAAAUGUCCAGCCCUGGUCCCCCACCAGCAGCAGAGGGAACUGUGGAGUCAGCUUUACCCUCUGUCACCAUGGAGGAGCUACCCUCCACCUCACCAUCAACACCUUGGCCAGCACCAACAGUGCCACCCCAGCCCAUCACCUCCCAUCCUGCACCAUCUCACUCUGGCACCGCACCCCAACCCAUCACCUCCCGUCCUGCACCAGCUCACUCAAUCCACUCUCAAUCAAUGAAUCAAAUUUAUUUUAUAAAGCCCUUUUUACAUCAGCAGAUGUCACAAAGUGCUUUACAGAUACCCAGCCUAAAACCCCAAAUAACAAGCAAUGCAGAUGCACUCUCUGGCACUGCACCCCAACCCAUCACCUCCUGUCCUGCACCAUCUCACUCCAUCCACUCUGGCUUUUCUCCCCAACCCAUCACCUCCUGUCCUGCACCAGCUCACUCCAUCCACUCUGGCUUUUCUCCCCAACCCAUCACCUCCUGUCCUGCACCAGCUCACUCCAUCCACUCUGGCUCUAUACCCCAACCCAUCACGUCUGGCUGGACACCACAGGGCCCCCAAGCCAAUCUGCUCCAACAAAUCCUCGACACACAAACACAACAAAUCCAUGUUACACAGACCGCCCAACACAUCCACCAAGCUCUUUAUGAUUUACUAGAAAAAGCACAUGAAACACAGAAGGCACACCUGGAUGUGGAGAAGAAUCGGCUCCAGCUGGAUGAAGAGCGCUUGAGGGUGGAGACAGAGCGCCUGCAGGUGGAGAGGGAGCGCCUCCAGCUGGAGAAGGAUCGCCUGGGGGAGGGGGAGGUGCUUCGGCAGCUCUCUGUCUCCGGGUCAGUCGCCCUAGAACACCAGACGCCUGUGAGUUCAAGAACAGGCAGUGCCUCCCCCACCCUUCCUCUGGGAACACCAUCAGCCUCCAUGUCCAGUCCCCUCACAUUAAUAUCACCUACUGCACCACACUUUGACUUCUUAUUUUCCCCUUUCCCAUUACCAGUAAUCACAACCCAUUCCACCCAGCCAUCACAAACCAGCCCUGCCUACACCUCCCCCACCUUAACCAGCCCUGCCUCAACCUCUCCUACCUUAACCGUUUCUGCCCACUCUCUCAUCCCUCCAACCUCCGGAUCUGUUAAACGGCGAGUUCAGGAGACAGUCCGGCCUUGGCCUGCACCCACUGCUAAGAGUAAAAAACAUCAAUAAACAAAAUGUA